AUGGAUAAAAAAACCCCUGCUGCUAAGGACCAAGAUGGAGGAGGAGACCUGAUAGAUGCGAAACCUGACCGCAAAGGGAGAUUUAUCCUUUUUGGCCGUAAGAAGAAGGAUGGGAUAUUGCAGGAAAAAGAGCAAUCUUCUGAAAGCCAAUACAGGAUUGUUUCACCAACAUUCCAGUAUAAGAUGAGCCACCGGAGCAUUGGCAAGUGCAUCAUCAUCAACAACAAGAACUUUGAUGAUAAGACAGGGAUGAAUGUACGCAAUGGCACGGAUCGGGAUGUUGGAGAGCUGUUAAAGCGCUUUAAAAGCUUGGGUUUUGAAGUUUUCAUCUACAAUGACCAGACCUGUAAGAAUAUGGAGCGUCUACUUAAAAAAGUCUCAGAAGAGGACCACAGCGACAGCUCCUGCUUCGCCUGCAUCUUGCUGAGCCACGGCGAGGAGGGCAUGAUUUACGGCACAGAUGGAGCCGUUCCCAUCAAGAGCAUGACCUCGCUCUUCAAAGGAGACGUGUGCAAGAGCCUCGUGGGCAAGCCAAAGCUCUUUUUCAUCCAGGCUUGUCGGGGUUCAGAAUUUGAUGAUGGCAUACAGACUGACUCAGGGCCAUCCAAUGAAACGAUAGAGACAGAUGCCAAUCCAACACACAAGAUUCCGGUAGAGGCAGACUUCCUGUUCGCAUAUUCAACUGUGCCAGGUUACUACUCCUGGAGGAAUCCGGGCCGAGGGUCCUGGUUUGUCCAGGCCCUCUGUGACGUUCUUGAUGAGUUUGGCAAGCAACUUGAGAUCAUGCAGAUCCUCACACGGGUCAACUACAAGGUGGCCACCAGCUUCGAGUCCUGGUCAGAGGACCCUCGUUUUAGCGAGAAGAAACAGAUACCUUGUGUGGUGUCCAUGUUGACUAAAGAGCUCUACUUCAACUAAUCUGAGUCGACCAUCUUCACAUGCUGUGCUCCGUCUGCCUUUUCUCUGCACACACAUUUUCUUCCCAAGGACAUUAUAGUAGCACACUUUUAAUUUGUUAUCUCUUAACAGUAAAUAUUAACAGAAUUGUUAUCCUUUUUUGUCAUUGAUCCGCCAUAAGGAGGGAAACCUCAGUCUAAUACUUGAGCAAAAUAUUUUUACAUUUUUACGGUGCACAUUUUAGGAUAACAGGCAGGAAAGACACAUCAGGUGUACAAAGACUCACCACUGACUGACUUCACUCGACCAAGUGGUCACAACAUUCAAGGAUGAUCCCAGAUGGAAGUUUGUGUGUGAAAGCAAUUUUUACCCGCUAUGCUGUGCAUACAGACACGGAAAAGGUCUUCCUGUGCUACUUCCUGUUCCAGUUCACUAGCUUCUCAGUGCAUGUUCUAUUUCAACUUCCUCAGAGUAUUCCAGAGAAUAGUGAUGUCAUGUAUGAUCUUUGUCAACUGGCAGUGUAAAAUAUCCAUGUUGCUUUGCCAACUUUGAAAGUUUGCUGCCCUUUUUACCCUACAAGAUAAAACUCUUUUUGGAUAUGAAUGAA